CUCGGCGGGGGGGGGGAAGACCGGCUUUACCCCGCCGUGGUGAGAUUUGCUCCUCAGUCGCCCCUGGCCUGUCCACCUCCCGCAGCAAAGAUGCUCCUGGGACUCCGGGGCCGCAGGAACCAGUUCAAACACAUCAUCCCUGGCCUUCUCCCUGCGGCCAGCAUCGCUCCGAAACCAGCUGUGCCCCGCACGCCUCCUCCCCGCAGCCCCAACCCCUCUCCAGAGAGACCCAGGUCUGCCUUGGCUGCAGCCAUUCUGGCGACAACGUUGACUGGGCAGACCGUGGCCAUUCCUCAGCCUCGCCAGAGAUCCCGGUCAGAGAGUGACAUAAGCUGCGUUGAAAAGGACAGUUUCAUUGAGCCCUAUGCCACCACCAUGGCCCUGAGACUUCGAUCAAAUUGGCAGAGUGAGACGGGAAGGAGGACUUCUUUACCAUCCUUUGAAACGUUGGGCUAUGGGGAAGAAGAGGAUGCUGAAACGCAGACGUCAUCCAGCUCUGAGAACUUGGGGGAUGUCAGUGUCCAGAAAGAAGAGGGAGGUCGCAGUGAUGCCGAGUACACUGUGCCACACAGAGAUCAGGUGAUCUUCAUGUUCCUGAGUUUCUUCUUGAUAGUCACCUUGAUGUUAACUACGAAGGUGCAGUCGCCACAUGGGGUGAACAGUGAAGAUGGCAGAACUGUUUCUGAGCAAGAUGGAUUUCUAAGCUCACCUCUUACACCACAGCCUGUACAACAAAAAGAUGGUAACCACUCUUCUCUGAGUUUAAAGGAUGAAAGCCCUCCCUUAUGUGAAAAACCUCCACUUUGCCCAGAUAGAACACGUCAAAGAUGUAUGGAAUUUGCAAAAAAAUUUGAGGAUGUAAAAGAAGAAAAUUUCCAACUAAACUAUGCAAACCAAAUCCUAACCCUUGAACUAAAUGUAAUAAAAAGAACAAUGAAAGAACUACAAUUAAAACUUAAGAGAAUGGAAAAAGAGAAUGGAAGGCUGAAAAAGGCGGAGAAGGCAUCGUCUCAGGAAGUUCCUGCACCUGAAUUAUCUUAUCUAAGAAGACAAGCUCAAGAACUGGUGGAUGAAAAUGAUGGGUUGAAAAUGACUGUCCAUCGUUUGAAUGUAGAACUGAGUCGAUAUCAAACAAAAUUCAGGCAUUUGACUGAGGAAGAGAGUUCAACUAUCGAAGGCCUCCCAUCAAAGGGCCCUAUACCACCCUGGUUGUUGGAUAUGAAGUACCUGUCACCAUUGUUGCUGGCUUAUGAAGAUAGAAUGAAAGAGAAAGAUGAGCUUAAUGCCACUCUCGAGGAGGAAAUGAGAAUGUUUAGGAUACGAGUCCAAGAAGUGGUGAAAGAAAACGAAGAACUGCACCAAGAGUUAAAUAAGAGUAGUCCCAUUACCAGCAAGGAAAGGGAUCAGCUUCAGACCCAAGCGGAACUGGUUUUAGAGGAAAACAGAUUGCUAAUAGAGCAGUUGGAAAUUCAGCAAACAAAAGCCAAGGACACCCACCAGGAGCAUCUCCAAGAAGUUUCUAAGCUGACCAAGCAGUUAAUGCUCCUGGAGUCGAAAAGCCAGUGCCAGGAGAAGGAGCUCAUGGAGAACAAGGAGCAGCUGGAGAUUUCACGUGCCGAGUGCCAAGAACUCAAAGCACAGCUGGAUGGCAAAAUUGCAAUGAAGGUUCAUGAGUCAAUUGUAAAUGAACUAAAAAGUUGGUUACAGAAAGACGAAGAGAAAGAAAGUGCUGAGAUGGAAGAGUUGAUGGAAAAGUUAACCAUUCUACAAAUGCAGAAAAAGAGCCUGCUUUUAGAAACAAACAAUUUAACAGCUACAAACAAAGCACUGAAAGCUGAACUUGAAAGGGCGCAGAAAAUUAAUAGGAAAUUACAAAAGAAAACUGAUGUCCUCAAAAAGCAAGUGGAAAAAGCCAUGGAGAAUGAAAUGUCUGCUCACCAGUACCUGGCAAACCUCGUUGGCCUGGCAGAGAAUAUAACCCAGGAACGUGACAAUCUUAUGUGUUUGGCUAAAUAUUUAGAAAGUGAGAAGCAUGGAGUUCUCAACAAAGUUAAAAAAGGCAACAUUCUAUUAGGGAAGUUAGAGGAAAAGGUCAAGGGGUGUAAGAAGCAGAUAGCACUGAAGCUGGGUGACAUCAGUCACUGUGUGAUGGAGCAGCAGGAGGAUUUUGCUGACAGGAUCGCUGAGUACCAGAGGGAGAUGAGGUACCUGCGCCGGCAGCUGCAGGACAAGCAGGAAGUCCUAGAUGAGGCACUGCGGGAGAAAAGAGAAAUGGAAGGUGAGCUUGAAGUCGUUUGGGAGUCUACCUUCAAAGAAAACCAAAGACUCCGAGAACUUCUCCAGACCACAACGGAAAGGACAGAGCCUUCGAGGACCCCUGCCUCCAUGGCAUCUCUCAGAGAGACCUGCUGGAUGACUGCAGUUUCAGCCACUGCAACAUGAAGCCUCCUGCCCACCAGAGUCUGUGUGAGCCCCUGGGGUAGGCUCACCAGUCUGAAAGGCCUGUCUUUCACAGGCUGGGAAAAAGAGUGCCUCUCCCCAGGGAAGAGCCAGCAGUGGCAGGGGUGCACACAGAAGCCCAGAGCGCUGCAAGGCAAGAAAAAAUAAACUAUUUCAGAAACUGAAUUUAUUUUUAACAUUUUGCAUUUCUUUCCUUUUUUUCUUUUUUUUUUUUUCU